AUGAAAAUGUUUUAAAACAAAGUAUAUGAAAAAGAACUAAAAAAAGCCAUGUUUGCAGAUUAAUAAUAACUAAAAACUAGGUUGAUAUCUAAAUUAAGGAAACCGUCAAUGAAACAUGAUUAUAAUAAAAAGAAACUUGGGAUUUUUGAAUUAGAUAGAAAAUUUAAGGAGGAAAACCUAAGAUGCAUAAUAUGUUAAGACUAUUUCUAAAAAUUUACCUUAACAUUUUGUGGACAUUCCUUUUGUUAUUUGUGUAUUUUCGAGCAUUUAUUAAAAAGUCAUAAAUGUCCUAGUUGUUUUACCACCAUAAAAGGACUUCAAUUUAUCUAUUGUAAAAUCAUUGAUGGUUUCAUAUAAUCUCAAGUAGUAUCUUCUUAAAAGAAUAAUGCUUUGUAUCUUUCUCGGAAAAAAGAUUUAAAAGCAUGGAAAGCCAAGAAAAAGAUCUAGACUUUUAAUGUAGGUGAUUUAGUGGACAUUCUGGAUACUGAACAUAUUUGGUGUGUUGGUAAGAUUUUGAACUUAAGAUAAAAAAAGAAAGAAAAUUAUAUCUUAGUUCAUUAUCAAGGAUGGAACAAAAUUUAUGAUGAAUGUAUAUCCAUUCAUUCACAAAGAUUAUCUCCCAUAGGACUGUUCACCAAUAGGAAAGACAUCCUAUUAUAUCAGCCUACUCUUAAUGAAAAUACAGUGUCAAAUUAUGUAAGAAGAGUUGAAAAUCAAUAAAACCAAGAAUUAGGUCUAUUAAAUUACUUAAUUUUGUAACAAUAGAGUUAGGGUUAAAACUUUAUCAUGGCCAUUGAGUCUGCUGAUAGGAAUACUCUAUCAAGUUUAUUAUCGCUAGUAGUUUAUAUUAGAGAAAUGUCCAAUAAUCAAAAUUCAUGAUAUAUUUUUUAUGGGUGUGUUAUGAUGUAUAUAUAUACUUGAUUCACGUUUGAAA